UUCACUGCUCGCUGCCAUCGGCCGCCUACGAGAGAGAGGUCUCCUCAUAGCCGCACAAACUUUCACCGAAUGGGUCGUGUCAUCCGAGCUCAACGUAAGGGUGUGGGUUCCGUCUUCAAGGCCCACACCCACCACCGCAAGGGUCCCGCCCGUUUUCGCAGUCUCGACUUCGGCGAACGAAAUGGUUACCUAAAAGGUGUGCUCACCGAAGUCAUCCACGACCCGGGCCGUGGCGCGCCCUUAGCCCGCGUGGUCUUCCGUCACCCUUUCCGUUACAAGAAGCAGAAGGAACUGUUCGUUGCUGCCGAGGGUAUGUACACUGGACAGUUCGUGUACUGUGGUAAGAAGGCUACUCUUAUGGUCGAAAAUGUGUUGCCUCUUAGAUCUAUCCCUGAAGGAGCUGUCGUUUGCAACGUCGAACAUCACGUUGGUGAUCGUGGUGUUUUCGCUAGGUCUUCUGGUGAUUAUGCUAUUGUUAUCAGUCACAACCCUGAUAACGACACAACUAGGAUCAAGCUUCCAUCUGGUGCCAAGAAGAUUGUUCCAAGCGGCUGUCGUGCCAUGGUUGGCCAGGUUGCAGGAGGUGGUAGGACCGAGAAACCUCUUCUUAAGGCUGGCAAUGCUUACCACAAGUUUAAGGUGAAGAGGAACUGCUGGCCUAAGGUGCGUGGUGUGGCUAUGAACUCAGGUGAGCAUCUCCAGCGGAGUCGCCAAACUGUCAUAACAGUUUUGGGACUGUCAGACGUAAAACGAGUUUUAAAAUCGAGAGAAAUAAAAAGAGUCGCCACCAAGUUGGGUUCAGGAGUUGGUUACACGUGGGGAAGGAUUAGCACCCCCACAAUGCCCAUAAAUUGUCUGUUUGGUUUCACAGAAAGAAAAGGCUCUGAGGGGGGGUUUCUGGUCUCACCGAAAUCUAACGUCGUGCCUGCACCGGCCGCCGUGUGA